GUAACCAAAUAAUCUUAUGAAAAACAAAUUAUUUACAAAUAAAAACAGAUUAACAAUACACCAGCGGAGAAAUGGAGAAGAAUCUUUACUCAUGUGAUGUAUGUGAAAAGUCGUUCAGCCAAAGUAGCCAUUUGACGCUCCAUCGACGCACACACACUGGCAAAAAACCGUACGAGUGCGAUGUAUGUGACAAGUCGUUCAGUAAAAAUAGCAAUUUGACGACACAUCGACGUACACACACUGGCGAAAAACCGUAUUCGUGCGAUGUAUGUGACAAGGCCUUCAGUGAAAGUGGGAAUUUGACGAGACAUCGACGCAUCCACACUGGUGAAAAACCGUACGCGUGCGAUGUAUGUGACAAGACCCUAGCUUUAACUAGUCAGAAGGAUCACCAAUUUUUCGUAUCUAUCGAUCCAUAA